UCUGUCUCCAUGGUAGCGCAGCCACCGCCAUAGCGCGAGCGUUGUCUUGUUUUUGAGCAGUAGCAGUGCGGCGGCUCCAGAGAAACUGCUUUCUUCCACAUUUAACGAUAAAACCUGACAAAUGUGAGUUCACCGAAACUCUCCGCGCUCAUGUUUGUUACCGAGAGCGCCGUGAACGCGCAGAAGGAGCUUCCGGUCGUUUGUUUCGUUGUAAAACGUCUGUAACGUUUCAGGCGUUAUUAACGGCAGCAUCUUCAGUUUAACAGACACUCCCGAGGCUCCUCUGACUUCAGAAAAACACAAUGCCGGUGUUGCCUGUUUGGAGGCUUGCAAUCCCUCUGCCUGCAGUGCUGAUAAUCACUGUGAGCCUGUACAUGAUCGUCCUAGGGAUUGGGCUCUGGAUCCGAUACUGCCUCAAGGACUACUGUUCUUUAGGGUGCAGUGAAUGCUGCGCAGGCCUCUCUGUGUGCGAGCAGUGCAUCAGACUGGGUGAAAUGUGCGACUGCCGCCUGCCGGCUGUGGGACCAUUCCUGGCUGAAUCGUGCUCUCCGGCUUCUGUAAGUAAACCAGCAGCACUGGCGGUCCAUCAGCUCACCUACACAAGCGUGCUUGUUGGUUUCUGCGGGUUCUUCAGGACACAGCAGUGCUCCAGGUGGGACUGUGCCUGUACCUGCCAGGUUCCUGACUGCGACUCCUGCAACUGUUUAUGCUUCGAGAUCAGGAUGAAGUAGGAGGCGAGGAUGGAGGUGCUCAUCCACCGAACUAAUUUUAUACUUGUUAUAGCAUUUACAGCGGAGAUGGAGGUGGCUACACACAGAACCGGCCUUACACCUUCUCUUCUGAGUCAUUCACUGACUUUUUCUCUUUGACUUUUUGAGACUGAACAUUUUUCUUUCAUUGCCAGAGAAUGGGUUGCCUUGCCACUGAUAGGCUAACCGGCAGCUGUAUGCUAAUAUAUUUCUUCUGUAAAUGUAGCUCCAUAAUCACUAUGGUUGGCUGGCCUUUUCUAUACACUAAUUUAAGAGACUACCCACCACCACCAUCACAUAUCCUCCUCUACAUUUACUAUAAUUACUGCAUUUGGACCAUCUGUGUGUUCAUCUGAGUAGCUGCAUCGAUCUUACUCGGAUCACACGGAGCUGACUGAAUGGGCAGGUUGUCGCUUCCUUCCUGAUCAAGGUCUGCCCUUGGUGGAUUGUGAUAAUGUCGACUGUAGGUCUCUAAAACGGUGCCAUUAUCCCCGAGCAGCGGGUCUUGGAUUAAAAGCAUCAACGCCAAAAGAGACCUUGUGCCUUAUGAAACGGCCUGAGGUCACGCCGAGCUGAUGUCUGUUUUGCUGAAAGUACCUUCAGUACCUUGUUUUUGACAAAUGUUUUAUUAAAUCCACAUUUACACCACA